AUGAAGUGGACAGUGCCUCUAUUCGCGGCUCUCAUGCCGUGCUGGCUCGCUGCUGCCAGCAUCUCGACAAAGGAGCUGCUGGCUGAGCUACCCCAGUGCGCUGGAUCGUGCCUUGGCGAUGCGAUCUCAAAGUCUGACUGCGACUCUGCCGACGUCAAGUGUGUCUGCACUAACGAGAAGAUCAUCCCGGUGGCUUCAGUAUGCGUCGCAGGCGGCUGUACGGUCAAGGAGUCUCUGACUACUCAAAAUAUGACCAACACGUACUGCCAAGUCCCAGUCCGCGACAAGACGAGCCUCUUUAUCAACGUAACAAUCAUCCUCGGCACCUUUUCCGGCAUCUCGAUUCUCCUACGUAUCGGAUCCAAGAUUCUGAUCACAAACUCCGACUUUGGCCUCGACGACCUGUUUAUCGUGCUUACCCUCAUCUUCGGUAUCCCCUCGACGGCGAUGAACAUUCACGGAACGGCCGGACACGGAGAGGGACGCGACAUCUGGACACUCGAGUUUGACCAGAUUACAAAGUUUGGCUUCUUCUUUUGGCUGCUCGAGGUGUUUUACUUCGCGCAAGUGUCGCUGUUGAAGAUGUCGCUGCUAUUCUUCUACCUGCGCAUCUUUCCUGGUCCUGCCCAGAAGUUGCUCUGGGGCACUGUCAUCUUUAAUGCCAUCUAUGGUGUUGCUUUCAUAUUUUUGGCGGUGUUUCAAUGCUCGCCUAUUAAUUUCUUCUGGCUUAAAUGGGAUGGCGAGCACAAGGGAAGCUGUGCCAACGUCAAUGCUAUCGGCUGGGCAAAUGCCGCCAUCAGCAUUUCCCUGGAUAUCUGGAUGCUGGCAAUUCCAAUGUGGUACCUUCGGAACCUUAAGCUGCAUUGGAAGAAGAAGAUUGGUGUCGCCGCCAUGUUUAUCGUCGGAACUUUUGUCACUAUCGUGAGCAUCAUUCGUCUGCAGUAUCUUGUCGACCUGGACUCUUCUCAGAAUCCCACAUAUGACCAAACAGAUGUCUCCAUCUGGUCAACAGUCGAGAUCAACGUCGGCAUCAUCUGCGCAUCCAUGCCCGCUCUUCGUAUCCUUCUUGUCCGUCUCUUUCCCGUCCUCGGAGGUUCUUCCUACGAUUCGAGCAAAUACAACAACUACGGCGAACAAUACGGUCGCAAGUCACACAUCAUGAGCCGGAGCCGUGCUCGCGUAGAACUCCCUUCUAGGACGGGGGACUCGAUACACGCGCCGGAGCACGGCGGGAUCGAGCUGCAGAGGACGUUCAAGGUGCAGUAUAGCGACGGGGGAGACGAGGCGAACCUUGUGACGGCGGAUAAGUAUAACAAGUCUCAUGUAACGACUACUACGAGUGCACAUAGCACUAGCGAGGUGUCCCUUUGA